ACCACAGAGCCGAUCAUGGCGACUCUCAGCGGCAGUCUCGGGGAUUGUCUCGGCAACAAUAAUCAACAAAAGUCUUCGUUAGCAUCUCCAGAGAAAGUCCGCGAACUUCUUAAUGCGGGAUUGUCGUCAACAGAUAUCGGAUCUAACAGUGGACAAGGAAAUGGGAACGUUCUGGAAGUAAAAAGCAAUGCUCAAGCAACUUGUGAGGCAACGAACAAAGACGCCUUUUUCUCAAGAGUGGAAUCCUACUCUUGUUUGAAAUGGGCAGGAAAACCCUGCACACUGUCCCCCCUGAUGUGUGCCAGAUAUGGCUGGAUCAACAUUGGCUGUGAUAUGCUCAAGUGCUCCAGCUGCCAGGUUUUCCUUUGUGCAGCACUUCAACCAACUUUAGACUUUAACAAAUAUGCGUCCCGCAUUGCAGAGAUAUCAAGGCAGCUUCAGACGCAGCAUGAGAAGUUUUGCCCCUGGCCUGACAUUCCGUGCCCAGAGCGGUUCUGGCUGGUUCCAGCCUAUGAACCAUCAGCACUGCUCACUGCCUUCUUAGAGCGCUUCAAGAGCGCCUGUCUCCUUGCAAAGCAGCUGCCUGCCAUGAAGCCGGAGCAGCUGAAUUCGAUGUCUUUGAAUGAGGAUGUUAUCAGUGUUGUACUGCAGCUGAUCGAGGACGAACAAAAAAGAAAAGAUGGUUCUUCAUAUUCUGAAUCUCUGGCUGUCCAGGUGGCUGCAUGCAUAGUUUCUCUCUGUGGCUGGGCUGCAAGCCCAACUCUGCACGCAAUGAACCUGCCCAUCCUCACCUGCUCGUACUGUAUGCGCAAGGUGGGCUUGUGGAACUUCCACCAGAUGGAGGGAACGGGACCCGAUGGAGACGUCUCAACAGACGCUGUGACCCCGCCCCCUCAAGCAACAGGUCCUCCUCUAACACCCACACAUGAGGGCCAGAAGGACCAGUCUGCUUCUGCCUCAUCCACUCCAUGUCGCAUGAAGCUGAGGAGCCAGGACACUACCCGCUCUGACCAGGGUGAUGGAGCCUCCUCCCCUCAGUCUUUGCGUGCCCAGAGCAGAGACUCGCCAAGUCCCAGUGAAGAGCUGCAAAGUCCUUCGCCCAGGGGCAAAAGGUCUGCAACUCGCGGUCAAGGACACGGGGAAAAUGCUGGAUCUGAUGGCCCUGCCAGCCCGCAUCACCCUCCUAAACGCCUGUGCUUCUCAUCAAUUGGCGGCCCUGAUGGGCUUGUGCACAAGAAUACAUUUGACCCCCUCGCUCAGCACAGAGACUGGUGUCCGUGGAUCUCCGUGGGGAAGGAGAACGUGGAUCCAGGGGCGAUCCCCUGUUUAAAUGAAGACUCAGCGCUUCAUCAGCAGGGCUGGAAGGCUGCUCUCGACCUCCUCAUGCCCAUGAAGAAGAACUCCGAUACAGCUGAAGCUAGUUCCGCACAGGGCCCUCGUGACAAGUCCAAAAGGGUGUUUGCUAUAUUCCGUCAGUGGCAGGUAUCGUCCACUCCAUCUCAGUAGACUGUCUCCAUCCAAACGGCAUCACAACGCUGAAUUGAUAAACUGACCUGCCCUCUUUUUUUGUCGCGCAGUCGGGAGUCCCAAUGACAGGGAUGUCAAAGCAUAACAAUGUAUGCCAUCUGUCACAGUUGUGUUUACAGUGUCUCUGGAGGAAAAGAAAGUUGAUUGUCUUUCAGAAAAUAAAUGAGCAACUUCUCUGUGAACAGUGAA